AUGGCCUCAGGCACAUCCACCCCCAGCGGCCGCCAGGUCUCCGUCCUUUUCGUCUGCCUCGGAAACAUCUGCCGAUCUCCCAUGGCAGAAGGCGUGUUCCGGCAUCUCACCAACUUCGAAACCUCCGAUCCACACCCUCUCAUCGCCGCCAUCGACUCCUGUGGCACGGGAGCCUACCAUGCCGGCGAUCGACCCGACUCUCGCACACUUUCCGUACUGAAGGAUAACGGGCUCUCGAGCUACAAACAUGCCGCGCGAAAAGUGCGGGUGCCGGAGGACUUUGAGAAGUUUGAUUACCUGAUCGCGAUGGACGAGGAUAAUUACAUGGAUCUGAGGGAUUUGGUGAAGAGGACGAAGAAGAACAAGGGGACGCUGGGAGAUGAGCAUUUGGACAAGGUGAGGUUGUAUGGAGAGUUCGGCGGCAAGGACAAAAAGGAGGAGAUUGGCGAUCCUUAUUAUGGUGGGAGAGAGGGCUUCACGAUCGCGUACGAGCAGGUGGUGAGGUGUGGGAAGGGGCUGUUGAAGGAGAUUGAGGAGAAGGCGAAGGCGGAGGCGGAGGAGUGA